AUGACAGCUGCUCUUCUUUCUUCUUUUACUCCUCCUCCUUCUUUCUCUUCUGUUGUUACUACCAUGUCAAACGACGACACUCCUACAGCUGCUAAUGCUCCUCCCACUAGUCGAGCAACAAAACAUCAAUCUCUACCAUCAUCAUCAUCAUCCACCAUACCAAAGAACUAUUCAAUGUCGUUACCAGAAUCAUCUUCUCCUAUACAACAACCACUCAGUAACCAUGGCAAGGUCAAAAAGAGCAGCCGUUCGGAUAAAGCAUCAUCGAAAGAACAUUUUCCUGAGACACAAUCUCGUGAAAUUUUCUCGGCCUACUUGGAGAAGGUCCCUCCUCCUUUGGUCAACUUGCCAGAACGAGGUAAAUCAGCCAUUGCACCACGCCAUGACCAAGAAGGCCACAAUAGCCAACGUGAUGAGCCCCAGGGUCCAAGCGAUGACGACGAUGUCGACACCGAUGAGACGGAUGUGGAAGACGAUCUAUUUGACAAGUUACAAGAGAUGAAUAACAACAAUAGCAGUAAUGAGGAUCCUGGCAUGGCACAAAAGAGGUUAGCGACAAAGAUGGAUCCAUCAUCACAACAACAAGGAGUACCACCACCACCCUCAUCAGCAACACCAAAGCAUCAUCGUGCAGCACCUGGCACCAUUGCAUUACCGCCGAACUCAGUGUUUACAUUUCCAUCCAACGACUACUUUUCACCUGGAGCACCUUUUCUUGCAGCGGGAGCACCAUUGACGCCUCAUCCUCAUCAUGGUGGUGGUGGUGGUGGUGGUGGGAUGCAUACACCAGCAGUAGCAGGAGCACGAUUGGCGCGUACACCUCAUCCUACGACUCCUCAUGGAUAUGGAUUGGAACCUGAGACACCCACCAUCAGUGUACGCAUCGCUGGAAGUGAUGUGAUUCAAGAUGUGAUAUUAUCGCCCAUGGUAGAACGACCACCUGCUGCUUGGAUGCAUCAUGACGGAUCGAGUUUUCCACGUGAAAAUUCUCAGACACGGACUUCAGAUGAAGAAUCAUUGUAUGGCGCUCAUGCAUUUCCUCUACGACCCCCUCCUCACUUGAUUCGUUCACGACGCACCUCAAGAAUCACUUCACAUCCUCCCUCAGUGCAUCAGGAUCAUUACCAUGCAUCAUCAUCAUCAUCCCCUAUGGAUCGACGACGUUCAUCAUUGAAUCAACAACAACAACAACAACAAGAGAAGGAGCAUGAGGUGAAACCACAAACGAGCACGAGUAAAAGCAGUGGAACAAGUGCUUUACCACCACCCCCACCACCCCCGCCUCAAUCAUCAUCCGACUUCAAUACAACGACCACCACAAAUGAUCAAUCACAACAACGAUUGCUUCACAGCAUUGAUGAGAUUGUGGAAAGCCGACUCAAAGAAAGCAUCUCCGAGAUUGUUUGGCGUGCUACUGAAAGUCAUCGUGAAGCCCGUCGAUUCUAUGAGGAUCAAAAACGAGAGAUUUUGGAAUUGGGUGCAUCGAUUCUCACGCGAUUGGAUCGUCAACUUGUUGGUGGUGGUGGUACCACACAUCAGGAUACGGAUGAAGAGGAUGAAUUGGACAUGUUGCGUAAGCAAAGGAUCGAGCUUGAAAGUGAGAUCAAUGCUCAACAACUCAAAUCCAUUGCACAAGCAUCUGAAUUGGAGGCAUUGAAGGAAGAGACAGCUGAACUUCGAAAGCAAUUGGAUACUUUACGAAAGCGGAUUACAGCUCGAGAUGGCAAGGGUCCGUGCGUAUCAGCUGUAGAUGCCGAACUCCAAACAGAACCAGUGAUGAUCUCUAAAGAAGGUGGUGGUGAUGGAGAUGAUGAUGAUGGACGAUCACCAGAUUGGGCAGACGUUGUGAAUAGUGAGGAAAUCUGGGAACAAAAGUAUCACGAGCUCGAAUGCAAAUACACAGCUUUGGUGCAAGAGCGACCUGAUCUUGAUAAACGAAUCAGCAUGCUUGAAAGAGAAAACAAACGCUUGCUCGCAUCCACACCUCCUCUCACCGUCAUUGAUCAACCCACUCAUACAACUUUACGUCGUAACCAUGGAGCAAUGGAUCGACAAAGAAAGCAUAGGUCCAUGAUGGCACCACCUGUUUCUACCUCUCCCACUCCCAGCAAUCAUUCUAGAACAACAACAACACCCCGCAAACACAAUGAUCAACAACAACAACAACAACGACAAAGUUACUUUAUGAAUGAGGAAGGUCAUUUGACAUUUACAACCGAGAUCAACGGCCGACUCUCCCAAUACACUGUCAAGUUACCUACCAAGGACCAUCAUCAUCAUCAUCAUCAUCAUCAUUACAAUAAUGGUGGUGGCACAAGUCGCUUAAAUCCCAAUGCACCAGCAUGGAAGGCUCCUGCUUAA